AUGCUACAAAGAAGAGAAAGGGCAUUCGGUGAUGAGAAGGUAUGGACAUGCCAAGGAAGACACCCACUUCCCCAGGUUCAGGCACUGGAGGAGGCCAACACAGAGCUGGAGGGGAAAAUCCGAGACUGGUACGAAGCCCAAGGCCCUGGAGCUAUUGCCUUGGGGACGGGCAGUGAUUUCACUAAAUACAACCCGACAAUCGAAGAACUUCGGAAUAAGAUCAUUUCAGCUACCAUCAAGAACGCCCAGAUGGUCCUGCAGAUUGACAAUGCCCAGCUAGCAGCCGAUGACUUCAGACUGAAGUACGAGAGCGAGCUGGCCCUGCGUCAGAGCGUGGAAGCCGACAUCAACGGGCUGCGCCAUGUCCUGGACGAGCUGACCCUGGCUCGGGCCGACCUGGAGAUGCAGAUUGAGAGCCUGAAUGAAGAGCUGAUCUACCUCAGGAAGAACCAUGAGGAGGAGCUCCCUAGUUUCCAAACUGAAGGCCCUGGCCAGGUCAAUGUGGAGAUGGACGCUGCUCCCGGGAUUGACCUCACCAAGCUCCUGAAUGAUAUGAGGGGCCAGUACGAAGCGAUUGCUGAGCAGAACCGUAAAGAGGCUGAAGCUUGGUUCAUCGAAAAGAGUGGAGACCUGAAGAAAGAGAUCAGCACCCACAGCGAACAACUCCAGUCAAGCCGGAGCGAGGUCACGGAUCUGCGGCGGACUUUACAGAACCUGGAGAUCGACCUCCAGUCUCAGCUGGCCAUUAAAAAAUCCCUCGAAGACACUUUGGCAGAAACCGAGGGAGGCUAUUGCUCCCAGCUGUCCCAGAUGCAAUGCCAGAUUGGCAACGUGGAGGCCCAGCUCAGCCAAGUCCGAGCAGACAUGGAGUGCCAGAAUUCAGAGUAUCAGCAACUGCUCAACAUCAAGGCCAGGCUGGAGACGGAGAUACAGACCUAUUUCCACCUGCUGGAGGGGGAACUGGCCGGAGACUCUUUGGAUGAAACCUUGCCCCCAGAAGGCUCAGUUUCCCCGGCUCAGUCCCUUGAUUCUUCCAAAGACUCCAACAAAACCAGAAAAAUCAAAACAAUUGUGGAAGACACUGUGGAUGGUAAAGUAGUUUCAUCCCAGAUGCAAGAAGUUGAGGAACAAAUCUAA